AUGCUGACGCUGAGCCACCCCGACACCACCUGGCUGACAGCGGCGCUGUUCCUGCUGCUGGGCGACCCGGGUGGCGCGACCCGCUCGCGCGCGACCUUCCGCCUCUCGGCUGCCGAGCGGCGCUUCGCGGGCUCGCCUCUGGCCGUCGCCGCCGCCGACUCGACCACCUCCUACCACUGCCACCACGGAAACCAUUACGAUUACCGCGUCUGCUGCCGCCACAACUUCUGGAGUCACCACUACGCUGGAAUCUGUGCCGGCGCCAACUACGACAGAUCCCAGCACGAUACCACGUCCCGCAACUACCACGUCUUCUACAACGACGUCUACAGCAGCCACCGCGUCCUUCACCACGACACAGAUAACGUCCACAACGUCCACCACGGCACCAAUAUCUACCACAACAUCCACCAUGGUACCAAUAUCUACCACAGCGUCCACCACGGCGCCAAUAUCUACCACAACGCCCCCCAUGGCACCAAUAUCUACUACAGCGUCCACCACGGCACCAAUAUCUACCACAACGUCCACCACGGCACCAAUAUCUACGACAACGCCCACCACGGCACCAAUAUCUACCACAGCCCCCACCACGACAUCAAACUGAUCCUCACGGCUGUCGACGCCUCGUAG